AUGGCCGGAGGGGGCUUUCUUUGGCCCCGGGGGCAGCUGGUGCUGCUGCUGCUGUUGGCAGCGGCGGCGUGCCUGGUGCAGCGCGCCCAGCCGAGGAAGCUGCUCCGGUGCCCGGCUACUUGCAGCUGCACCAAAGAAUCCAUCAUCUGCGUGGGUUCGGCCGGCGUGCCGCGGAGUCUCCCCGCGGACAUCAGCUCCUUUGGGGCUCCUCCUGAUUUUUCUGUCCCUGCUGCCUUUUUUAGGAGUCUGGUCAAUGGGACCUUUCCCGAAAUAAAGGAGAAAAUGUUUUCUCACCUGCCUUCCUUGCAGUUGCUGCUGCUGAAUUCUAACUCGUUUACCGUCAUACGGGACGACGCCUUCGGUGGGCUUUUUCACCUUGAGUACCUAUUUAUUGAAGGAAAUAAAAUUGAAACCAUUUCAAGAAAUGCAUUUCGGGGUCUCCGAGACUUGACUCAUCUCUCUCUUGCCAAUAACCAGAUUAAAGCUUUGCCGAGGGACAUCUUUGGUGAUUUGGACUCUCUGAUCGAACUAGACCUGCGGGGAAACAAGUUUGAAUGUGAUUGCAAAGCCAAGUGGCUGUUUUUGUGGCUAAAGAUGACCAACUCCUCCGUUUCGGAAGUCCUGUGUGUGGGUCCCGCGGAAUUUCAGGACAAGAAAUUAAACGAAGCCUCGAGCUUUGACGAUGAAUGCACCACGACAGAUUUUGUUGUCCAUCAGAUCUUGCCCUAUCAGUCAGUCUCGAUCGACACCUUCAGCUCCAAAAACGACGUCUACGUGGCCAUUGCGCAAACCAGCAUGGAAAACUGCAUGGUGCUGGAAUGGGACCACAUUGAGAAGAACUUCCGGAGUUACGACAACAUCACCGGCCAAUCCAUCGUGGGUUGUAAAGCUAUCUUGAUUGACGACCAAGUCUUUGUGGUGGUAGCUCAGCUUUUUGGCGGAUCCCACAUUUAUAAGUAUGAGGAAAGCUGGACCAAAUUUGUCAAGUUCCAGGAUAUUGAGGUCUCCCGCAUCUCCAAGCCGAACGACAUCGAGCUCUUCCAGAUCGAGAGCGAAACCUUCUUUGUCAUCGCGGAUAGCUCCAAAGCUGGCUUGACUACGGUUUACAAGUGGAACAACAAGGGUUUCUACUCCUACCAGUCCCUGCACGAGUGGUUCAGGGACACAGACGCCGAAUUUGUCGACAUAGACGGGAAAUCUCAUUUGAUCCUCUCCAGUCGCUCUCAGAUCCCGAUUAUCCUUCAGUGGAACAAGAGUUCCAGAAAGUUCCUCCCACACAGCGAGAUACCCAACAUGGAGGACGUGCUGGCCGUGAAGAGCUUCCGGAUACAAGAUGGCCUCUAUAUCUCCCUCACCAGAUUUAUCGGCGAUUCGAGAGUCAUGAAAUGGGACAGCAAGCAGUUUGUGGAGAUCCAGGCCCUUCCUUCCCGGGGGGCCAUGACCCUACAGCCUUUCUCCUUCAAGGACCACCAUUACCUCGCUCUGGGAAGUGACUACACCUUCUCCCAAAUAUUCCAGUGGGAUGAGGAGAAGAGCCUCUUUCAAAUAUUUAAGGAGAUCUACGUGCAGGCGCCCCGCUCCUUCACCGCGGUGUCGACGGAUAGGCGCGAUUUCUUCUUUGCUUCCAGUUUUAAAGGUCACACGCAGAUAUUCGAACACAUCGUGGUUGACUUGAGUUUAUGAAGCGGCUCCAGGCGCGGGGAACUCAUGUAGGAUGAUAACUUUCACACGAAAACAAAAGGGGGGGGGAGAAAAAAAAGAACAGAUUAUUCACCUUUGAUAGCUAGAGAAAACCCUUGGCAUUAACUCCGCAAAGGUUUUUGUUUCUGGGGGUUUUUGGAACUUUUUAGAAGUUUGCCUAUUUAAUCAGGGAAUGCAUUAACUCGGUUAAGUGCAUGCCAUGCCAAUUUUACCCUGGACAAGGGGUAUUUUCAAAGCCUACUAUUGCUCGUAGACGGUGUGCAAAGCAGUAGUUCCGAAAACGAUGCAAAACUGGAAGGAGGAACAGCUGAGAAAGUGGCUGAAACCAAGAGUGACUUCUGCUAGGGAAAAACGAUGUUUUUUUCUCUUCAAGACUUGGAGGUUGGAAGCCAUUCCUUCCAGUGGUUUGCAAUCUGCAGCUGUUAGCAUCCUGACGAGGAAGCCUGCUCACGGGAUGCGUCUUCGUGAGGACGAAGGCGUCCUGGGUUCUGGACCCUGGGAAAUGAAGUGGGGGAAAAUCUCUAACUCACGUUCUGAUUUGGAGAAAAGUGCUGAUAGCUCUUUCAAAUCACCAAUCCAAAAGAGUAAUAAGAAGAAAAGGAAAAAGGGGAGAAGGAGGAGAAAUACUGGGGGGUCCUUGGUGCUCUCUGAGCUUGGUGGUUUUCUUGCAAACGUUUCAUAACCCAGCUAGUUAAUAUCAUCAGUAUUAGAAGGGGUGGGUU